AUGAAGAAUGGAAAAUCUGGUGGAGACGACGGGAUUAGCGCAGAAAUGCCAAAAUAUCUUCUUCCGUCUGGGAUUCGUGAGAUGACAAAGACCAUCCGUUCAAUAUGGAUAGACGAAAGGAUACCUGACUCGUGGAGACACGCCAUCAUAAUUCCCCUCCACAAGAAGUUAUCCGUCACGGACCCCAGGAAUUAUCGAGGAAUCUCUUUGCUGCGUGUUAUGUACAAGGUAUUGGAACGCAUUAUCCUGGACCGACUCAUUAAACAUCGCGAAGAAACAACGCGCGACGAGCAAGCUGGCUUUCGUCCUGGCCGAUCUACGACUGUCCAGGUGUUCAUCGUCAGGAGCGUGAUCGAAAUCUGGCAGCAGUAUUCGAAGCCAAUGCAACUAGCGUUUCUGAAUUUUGAAGCCGCGUUCGACUUUCCUCACUGA